CUGUGCGUUAUCCGGUGUUUUGAUGUCUCGAUCGGUGGAAACACAACCGACCAGGAAGUAAAAAAGUAGCCCGAUUUGUCACCUCGACACAUUAUAACUGACUGAAGCCUCAGCCACAAUACACUUCCACUAUCCACACACUCAUUUCUCCUUUUCUGCUGCGCACCAGGAGGCAGCGAGCCGCGGAGAAGAGAAUGUGCCACAGACUGAAGUGUCAGAAAAGUGUGAUUGGUGCUUUACCAAUCAGCCAGUCAACCAUCAGCCUGUGUAACCGAGUUCAAAUGCACGCUUAGUUCUUGUAGAGAUGUCAGACUUCAUGGGGCAUUGUAAUACAUUCUUAUUUAGGCUGUAAAUCAUUUCAGAUACAGAGAUUUAGCAGUGUUGUGAGACGUGACACUUCUGCAGGACAGGACAAGCACCGUCUCGCCUAAACGGGCACGUAAACGGGCCAUCGGGGAACAAACCGACACCUAUUAGCCGGACAGCCAUUAACAGGUGUGUAACACAUCAAAGGCACGCGUAUGUAAGACCUGACCACGUCUACUGAGGGUGGGGUGCAGGGGGUGUCUGUCAGGCAAAGUAUAAGAACCUCUGGUGUCCUGUGUGUUCACUCGUGUCGAGCUGAGAGUCGCGGAGACAUACACUCGCUUUUGCUCUGUGUUGAAAGGAGAAUGGCUUUCGGAUUGGACUUUACUGGCGCUAAUGUUUCUGAGAUCAACUCGUUUUACUCGGGGCAUUACUGGCCCGCUUUGGAUAUGAACGACAACUACGAUUACGUACAGGACUCCAGCAGAGUGCAUCAUGAUGCUCCCCACAGGGCGCGCUCUGACACCAAGCGCCGCAGGAAGCGCACUACUUUCAGCAAGGAGCAGCUGAGCGAGCUGGAGAGAGCCUUCUCUGUCACACAGUACCCGGACAUUAAAAUGAAGGAGUCCCUUGCCUCUGCAACUGGACUGCCAGAGUCUAAAAUUCAGGUCUGGUUUCAAAAUCGACGAGCUCGCUAUUUCAAGAGUAAGAAACCAUCCAGAGAGGUCCCCAAACCCUCCACAGAACACCUGCAUCAGCAGUUCACCUACACUCCAACUCCCAGUCCGCCCUUCCUGUAUUUGGCUCCUUCCUUCCCUCCUACUCCCAGCCUGCCAUCCCCGCCAGGCUACCCUGCUCCAGGUUUACCUCAGUCCACCAGGCUCUCGACCAUCAUGUCCCUGCCCGCACCGACAUCACCUGUCGCCGCCGACCAAGCUUCAUCCUGCUCCCUGCAUGGAGCAGGUCUCGCAGGAGCUCCCCAAGACCAUUACCACCAAACCCCAGACUUCGGAUACAGCCACGAAGUGCUUCCACACAGCGAGCUCAGUCAUUGGGAGCUGACAGAGGACUUUGAGGCCUUCCUGAUGAGCGCACAGGGAUCAGAGCCAGUAGGAAGCCGCUGCGCUGCAGUCACGCAUCCUGGACCCAAGGAGAGAGUCCACAGUCAGCAGGACCACCAGCAGAACGUCACGGAGGACCUGUCCGACCUGUGCUUUCACGACCUGGGAGAAUUCAAUCUGUCAGAUUUGGACAUUUCUGCAGCAAUGAUUGAUUAUCUGUUGGGUUGACUGAUAAAAGAAGAUCUAUUUAAUAGAACAUUGUAAAUAAGUUUAGCUUGAACAGAGUAUUUGACGUCACAGAGAUAGUGACAUGUCAAUGACACGAGCAAUACAAAUAAAAUAGAUUUUAUUUUACGUCAUCUGCUGUAUGAGCUUAAUUCAUAAACACUCCCGUCGCAAACGUCACCACGUGGCGCCGUGGCUUAGUUGGUUAAAGCGCCUGUCUAGUAAACAGGAGAUCCUGGGUUCGAAUCCCAGCGGUGCCUUUUGGCGGCAUCCGAGUUUUGUUUACACGUGAGUACCAGACGACGAGUUCAAGUUGGACUAACUGAAAUGUGACGUUAAAUCAUUCACUGACACAGCGUCACAACACCGCAACAGUUAUUUUCAUAUUUCUGUUGCAAAAUUGUUAGUUGUUAGGUCUCGCGACAACUCUAUCGGCACUGAGAUGUUACACUUCGUGUUUAUAUAACAGUAAAACACAUAGUGAGGUUAAUAAAGUGGAUAAUAAUAAGUUGGUUAUGACCGCCUCGUCACUUCAUUGCUCUGAACUCGUUUGAAAGCUGACGUGGAAAAACUGACAGAAUGAUUGAUGAGACUGUAAAUCAUCAGGAUGACAACAAAGACAAAACAAAACUAACCAAACUAAGUAGAUAUGCAUUCAAAGUGUACAUUUCAGGUAUAUUGCUAAAUGUGGAAACGUAAAACAUUAAGAUACAUAACGAGUAUGACGUCCACACUGACAUGUGACAUGUGUAAACAUAAAGCAUGUUGGGGCUCAUAUUUAGACAGGUUGAUACACCAGCUAGCUCAGAACAUGAACACUGCAUGAGUUCAAAGUGUGAUGAUGUUGUGUGCAUUACACCAGAAGAC